AUAUCCGGAUUUUAGUCCCCGCCUUCUUCCUGCAUCCAGACCGCGGAGAUUUGAAAAUAACGGCUACUUUAGUUGGACAAAAAGAGUAAACCAACAGCUGAACACGAUAUACUGUGAGUAUUUUAUUCACAUAUAUUAGUCACUUAUUUAAUUCAAGGUUAUAUCUGACGUGUGAAUAUUAGUCUUUUCUCCUUUUCCGAACUUAAUGCCAAAUCCUAGUGCGUUUGUGAUAGCUAUUGUCAUUCAGUGCUAGCCUGCUGUCGUUGCUGAAAGAACACAGUUGUUUUCCCGACUUGGUGUAUUAAUCAGUUAAGCCUUACAUCAUUUAAAAAUGAUAGCAUGAAUUCACAUAUGUUCUCCAUUACACAGGGUGCUUUUUGCGUAGUAAAAGUAUAUAUUUAGAAUUGUCUUGUUGGAUGUACGGAAGCCUAGAGUGGUCAUGCAUCCAUACAUUUUAUUUACUCCAUCGACCAUGGUGAGGUAAAAGUUUUUACUCUAUGAUUAUUCAAUUAAUAAUGAGAUAAAGAGUUACGCAAAGGUCAGGGAUGUCAUGUCAUGAUUAAAUGUUUUGAGAUUUCACAUUUAUUGCACGCUCCAAAGGUCUGUUAGCCGACAGAAUACCACUCUCGUUUGUUUUUAUGUCUUAGUCUAACAGUGAGGACAUUUUAAUGGGCUCCAGCAAGUUACCAUGGGAACUAGAGGUGCUGUGUCUGUGUCUCUGAAUCUUAACUCUUCAUUUUGCUGCCUUAUAGUAUGAACAUACAGAAAAAACAUGGGAAUUGGAUCCAAGUGGCUUUGUUUACUAAUGAAAUAAUAUCUAUCUAUUUAGCUGAAACAAUAUUACAAAUAAACUGUAUUUUUAAAAUGUCCAUGUAGAUUCUCAUUCAUCCAGGUCAUGGUUAUCUUGAAGACUUAAAAACAGGCAACUGGACUGUGUAGUCCAGGCAACAGUCCAGUUGCCUGUAUUUUUAAAGCGGUGGUCUGUAAGUGAAUUCUGGCAAAUUAACUCCUUGAUGUGAAUGGGUGCCAAAUGCAAAAGAGGUUAGGUUUGGAUCUCACUAUAUCUUAUUUCAAGCAUCAUGCGUAGAGUUUUACUGCGUAUCAAAAUUUAUUGAGGAAAAAGUGAGUAAAAAUCAGAGAUUAAUGCAGAAAAGCCAUAAACUUGUGCAUAAGAUUUCACCACAGGGCAGGAAAUGUUGUUUUGAAGUAAAAUUUUCUGGGUGAAGGACUUCUAGAUCUCUACAUAUCAUAUAUACCCCGUAAGGGGGGUCUAAAGUUCAUUUAACUCAGGGGUGUCAAACUCAACCACAGCAAGGGCCAAAAUCUGGAUUUAAGUCUAACCUGAGGGCCCAACAGGGUCAACAUUUAACCCAAACUUUCAGCCUCCUUUUCAAAAUAUAUAACAAAAUCAGUGAUGAUUAUAAACCACUUGAAAAUUUCAAAAAGUAAAAAAGAUCAAUUUAAAGGCAAUCUGAGAUUUAAAAUUAUCCAAUAGGUUAGUUCAAAAGAUCAGAACACGAUAUUUAAAACAGAAAAAUAAUGUUUUUAAUGAGCAAAUACCUGAGGAGAAAUUUGAAAUCAUAAGUUUGAAAGGUUAAAAUAUAAGAUCAUUUUGAAAUCAAGAGUUUAAAGUCAAAGUAUGAGUUAAAAUUUAAAUUGGAAUCUAAAGGAUUAAAAUGAAAUAAAUCUAAAUACUGAGUUGAAAAAAAUCAAAGCACAAAAUGAAAAGUAAAAUCAUGUUUGAGUUGUAAUCUUGAGAUGCAAAAUUGGAAAUAUCAAUAAAACAAUUUUUUUUCCCCCACAUUCUUGACUCUUUAUCAAAUCUUCCUUACUCUUUACUUUCCCAGAUUUUCACGGUUUAUUAAGGACAUUUUAAAUAAUGGUGCUAAAGUUUACAUUAUAAUUCUGGAGGAAAUCUGCAGACCUCAUACUGGUGGGCCAGUAAUGAUAAAAAUAUGAUAUGAUCUCGUGGGCCAGAUAUAAUUGUUCCAAAGGGCAGAUUUGGCCCCCUGGCCUUGAGUUUGACACCUGUGAUUUAAUCUCAUAAAACCCAAUGUCUAUAGACAGUUAAACAUAGAAUAUUGUAAUAUUUUUACACCGUUUCAGAUUACAGCAGUUAGCCUGUGUCUACAUCUUUAAUCUUUGUAUUAUCAAAUUCCAUUUAAGCCAUCGAAGAAUAUGUGAAAGGUCAUUUUAAGAAACGAUACAAGGUGAAAUGUAUGUUCUUUCUGUUGUUUCUAUCCCAGCUUGUUAGAGAACUUGACACCAUGGAGUCCAUUACUGAUCCAAAUAUGAGUGAGAGAUUCACUAGUGCUAUGGAGGAGAUCCACAACAAACAGCUCCAUACUUUCAGUGAAAUAAUUGAUGCAACAACGGAGCUGUGCCAGUCUCAUCGACAGUUUGUGAAGUCUGCACAUGGUAUGUUUGAAACACACUGGUACUUUAUGGGAUCCCAAGUAUUUGUUGCUUUGACACUAGUACAAGUGUGUAAAAAUACAUAUAGAAGACAACCACACAACUAUUUCGUAUAUGAUUCUACACUUGUAUUAAAUAUUAGCGAGACAGCUUCAGUAUAACGAGUGUGUAGGUUUCUUGUUAAAAAGAUUACUUGGCUCAGAUUUGUGGGGCUGUGCUUUGGCAGUAUUUAUCAUGCUGUAGGUCCGAAGUAUCACUCCUGAAGUUGUUUAAACUGAUAGAAAAACUCUUUUUUUGUCUCUGGUGGAGAUUCGUGUUCAAAGAAAUGCAAGGAUGAUAAGAUGCUGUUUGAGACGAUCCAGACUUUCAAAAAAGGUGAGUUGAUGUAUGUUCAGUUGUGCCCAAUGUUUGUAAUUUUUUGUGGACUGAAGUUUUUGGUUUUGGCCACAGUUUUGAGUUUUCAAUAAUUCGCUCUAUUCCACUGUGACAUGAGGCUUCAUAGUUUAAUGAAAGCAUACUUUUUUGUCCUCAGACUUGGAACAGAAAAAUGCGGUACUGAAAGAGAAACAGCAAGCCAUUUCUGAGGUGAAGUCUGAGAUUCAGCAGAAGGAGAUGCAAAAAGAGGAUACUAUCCAUAAGCUACAGAAACUGGAAGAAGAAUAUGCCAAGAGAAAAGAGUGUAAGUGGGAACAAUAACAGAAAACACCUGUGGAGAUCACAUAAACGUUAUAAAGAACUGUGGUGCAGCACAAUCUAAGUAAUUCAACCCUUUCUCCUUGUUCCCCUUUCAGUAAUUGAGUCUCAAAACAAAGCAAACAAAGACAGACUGAGGAAUCUUGGGAAAGCCAGACUGGUCUUUCAGGAACAUUUAGGGAUGGAGAUCCGAACAAUCCUUGGCAAAACACAAUUGGUUAAAGGUAAGACAAACAAACAUCACUACAUCAGUGCCCAGUAUUUCUCUUAAAUCUGGUCUUUUGUGAUACUUUGAUAGUUUAAUGAUGAUCAAGACAGAGAUUUCACAACAUGCAUCUUUCUGCCUCUUGAUCAUCUAGUACCUCCUGAAAGGGCCACAACUCUAGUUGUUUUUCCCAGUACCUUUCCAGUAAAAUAAAACACUAAUGUUAUUACUGAAUUAGGAGUAUUGUUAAAUAUGCAAAGCAGGGCAAAACCAAUUUAUCAAACAGCGGAAGUAGAUUGACUCAUGUAAACACUGAUCUUGUUUUAAUUUAGCUGUACAUGUAUUUGUCGUCUUUGUGUAGGUGAAAAGUUGCAGUUUGUUUUCCGGAACAUCAACCCUUCAAAUCAGGACAGCGCCUAUGUUGUCACGAUGGGGAUCAAAGCAGACGGAUCAUACCAGAGUAAGUUGUACGAGAUAAUGCAUGGAGAAAGGGAAUGGGGUCUUAUCUUAUCCUUAAGGGAUUCUAAUAAACUACCCAUUAAUCGGGCAUCAUCCUGCUUAUUACCUAACUACUGACUUAAGUCUUAACCAAAUUGACUCAAAAUAUUAAUUUUAAAAUAAUUAAUUGAUUUUGAAAUUAUCUAUGCACAGAUGAACAAAAAAACAAACCAGCUCCCCUGAUUUCAUGGUUGAAGGGGUAACUACGGCAAUGGAUUCUAACCCGGCUACUUGCACCAUCGACCCACUGUAUAUGAAACUAAUGAUUUCAAUUAAAAACUCAAGUUAGUAUUAGCCCACUUAUGAAACAACCUUUAAAUCGAGCACUUCUGUUUAGUGUGAAUAAUUCAACCUACUAAUAAUUCACAUUAAACUGAACAUUUCGAAUCACAGCAACAACAGUUAACAAAUAUUAGUCUGCUUAUUUUCCUUCAUACACACUGGUCUGAACAUUCCCAUUAAAGGUUAUGUAAGAGAAGUUGAACUGGUCAUUGGAAAAAAAUGUUGAGUUUAGUCUAUAUUCAGUUCAGCAAGUUGUGAUUGUGUCAAUCAAACAUUACUGGGAAAUUUUUCUGUUUUUUUUUUCUUUGCUAGCACCGCCUCUCCAACUUUAGUACUGCAGUGUUUGUGUAAAAUGGACCACAUCUCAUGACAAGAACUGCAUAACUUGUAUAUUAUAGUCCUCCCACUUAAGACUCACUAUAACUAGUACAGAGGUUAAAGUAUGCUGUGAUAAAACGGUAAGAGUCACUGGCUGUUGAUACGCACAGCCAUCUCAACACUAACUAUGGUGUCCAAUUUCAUCCUCAACCAUCAUAGUGUGAAAUAUGGUUUUCCUCCAUUGUUAUUUUUUGUUCGAUAACUUUGAUCAAUUGUUGAUGCAGCGCUGCAGUGAAAGGGCAAGACAAAUGAGGGUUAUUUCACCCCAAAGUGCAAGUCUGAACAGCACUGGACUGUGAAGUAUUAUAGAAAUGUGUAUUUCUCUUGAAUUUUUUACAUUUUCAGUAUUAAUGGUGCAGGGUAUGAUGUAUUUCUAUCACACCAGCUAAAAUUUUCAAGGAAAACGUGUUGGAAAGUGGUCACUAAAAAUGAGAGCGCGGUUUAUUCUGCAAAAUCGACGAUCAAAACUUUGGGGAUAUUUAUGGAAGUCUUUAACUUCUACAGUUGUGUCGAGUGAUCCUGCCCUGGAGAGUUUGCCAGUCCUGGAAAGUCGCCUUCAGGAGACCAAUAACUUACCUGCAUUCUUGGCAAACAUCAGGAGGGAGUUUAUCGCAAAGGCACGCUGCUGAGGAUGGAUGGAUGGGAGGAGACGAUCAGAAUACAGAUCAGAAUACAGUGGACAUUUUAAAGCUCAUUGGAGUACUCUCAGUGAUGACAAACCCUGAAUAGCAAAAUCUGGGCUUUUUUGCUUCAUAAAUACUAAUGUAUGUUUGUAAAUAUGUAUGCAUGUGUGUUGUCUCAUUUGUGUCUGAGCAUCAUAUUAAAUUUGACUUAAAACUUAUUUGGCAGUGACUCGAACCCUGAAGCUUGUCCAAGAGAGAUCUUGUGUUUUAGUGGAAGUGGUAAGAGGUCUUCUGAGUCUUUUAAUCCAUAAAAAUGUAUAGAAAUUUAUCUAGUUUUGCAGAUUGUUCUCCACUUAGAAAUGAAGUGACUACUCAGCCAUUAUAAUGUAAACAUGAAUCAUUUAUUGUGUCUCUUAAUUACUUAAUCUUAUAGAGUAGAGUUUAGUUUUAAUACAUAUUUAUUUAAAACUCCCUUGAGUUUGUUUGUACAAAGUGUGAAAUAAAUAAUGAGAAAACAGGGAUUUGAGUAUAAAAAUUGACAUCAAGUCUGAAUUGAAGCAGUAUCACAAAAUAACCGAAGAGCAAACAGUGAUGUGACCUGGUAUGUUGGCAGUAUGUGCAGAUCAAUAACCAGUACAAACACAAUUUUCCAGUCACUUCCACUCAAUCUUUUGCUGCAGGAGUUUGUCUCUUUGAUCCCAGGUGAAUUUUGUGUUUAUUUUUGCACUUCUUGAGUAAACAAUCAGGCAUCAGAGGAUUUGAUUUCGCUCAGCACAGGCAGCUCCUCCACAUAGGUUGACGGGAAAUGUCCUGUUUUCCCGUUUAGUUGUCCAAACCACCAACCAUUCUCUUCCUUUCCAUAGAUAUCCAGAAGAUCUCCUGUAAAACAAACAAGAGUCUUUAGGAUUGUAUGAUAAAACAACUGUUCAGAUAAUCACUAGUUGGGUUGUCACCUACCUUCUUUUAAAGUCAGUUCAUCUUCUUGUUCAGGCAUAAAGUCAUAGAGGGCUUUGCAUUUUCCCAAACUGCUCAUUUCUGGUGUUAUUUGACCUGUUAAAUGUUGAUAUUGAUCGUUAUUUUGGUUCACUUUGAUAAAGCCAAAUGCCUGUUAUUGAAAUGAAUCAAUAAAUUUAGAUUAUCUAGGGA